ACCUCGGCACAUAAAUCCUACACCUCCUCUCUUCUCUUCUCUUCAAUAAGCAUUAUUCUCAUUUAAUUUAAAGUUCUUAGACUCUAUCUUAGAGAUUGCAGCUAUGAAUCAAUGCAUCUUUCUUUUCAUGUUCAUUGCCUCGGUUCAACUAGUUGUUGCGGAUGACACUGCUACUACAGCUCCAUCUGCACAAGCAUACUGGAAUAUGAAAUUUCCUAAUGUCCCCAUGCCACCGGUUUUGAAGUAUAUGCUGCCGAAUCCAUCAGGAUUUGAUUACCAAAAGGGCAAAGCAAGCUUCAAUAGGGACAAGACCAUGGCUCUAUACAGUUGGUAUAACUAUGACCAAGAAACAUCCGAGAUACAACUCAAAAACAAGAUGUUUACCUCCAUUUUCAUCCGCGAAGAUGACCUACUAAAACCAGGGACAGUUCAUGAAUUACAAUACUUAGGUCCAUCCGACCUGGGUCCAUCGUUUAUGACUAAAGAUGAAGUUGAAAAACUACCAUUCAGCUCCACAAACUUAGAUCAAGUACUUUCAGCUUUCUCGAUAAAUCCGAGCUCCAAACAAGCAGAACUUAUGCAAUCAACCUUAACUCGUUGUGAAGAUCCACUCAAGUUUGGUCACCAUACUUGUGCUCCCACUUUAGAAGAUUUGGUUGAUUUUGUUGAUUCAGAGUUCCACCCUUCAAAUCCUAGUAUGGAUCUUAAAGUCCUUGGUGUAACGGUCACGCCUCCUAUGCAAGUUAGCCAAAGAUAUCUCAUAACUCAAGUAGAGAAGGUGGUUGAGAUUGGAAAUCCCACAAUAGCUUGCCACAAGGCGGCAUUCCCCUACGGAGCAUUCAUGUGCCACCGUAUGGAGGGGGCAAGAGCUUAUCGCGUUGAACUCCAAAGCCUUGAUAACGACAAUCUUAAGGUGGAUACCUCUCUUGUUGGGUGUCACCAUGACACCGACAAUUGGAGCCCUUCAUAUGCUGCUUUCGGGCUCCUCGGCCUCAAGCCUGGCCAACCUAUCUGCCAUUUCUUGCUUGCGGACAAUAUGAUCUUUAUUAAAAACGUCAAUCACAUAAAAAUGCCGGUGUCACAAGAAUAGUACGUACUAUACGCCAGGGUUUCAGUUGAUCAAAUCAUAUGAAUGUUUGAAUUAAUGUUUGUAUAAAGCAUGAUUGGAUAUUCCAAAUCAUGGUUUAAAUUUACUUCUUUGAUUUCUCUUGGUGUGAUUUACUUCCAAUUCCUCAUGUAAACUCGUGGCUACGCACAUUCUAUGAUUAAAUUAGAAUGUUUCGUCUAUUGGGAAUAAGUGUAUCUUUGUAUUGUUAGCAAUUUCCUCCGUUCUCUAAUUGCCUCGUAAAUAAAGCAUGUGAUAUUUGUAAAA